AUGCGCUCAAACAACGAUGCCUUCGGGCGACCUCGCGGUUCCGACAAUGACAUUCCGUCUUUACGUCUACCGCCGGCGCCGCAAAUGACGUUUUGCUUUGGCGAUGAAUCUUCAGUUGGUCCUCUGACGGGAAAUCAGCCAUCGUCGUUCGCUGGUCCGCACCGACACUUGCGCGACAACAAGAAGAAAACUCACGCUGUUGUCGAGGGCUCCGAAGCCCACCACCACGGACGGGCUCGGGGUCUCUCCCAUAAUCGACACAAUCCCCAUCAUAGCACCCCAGAGCCAGAGAAGGAGACCGGCGCAAGCGGGAGCACGAGCACACGAACGCAACCCAAACACCAACACAAAAGCUACCCUCCAAACCAGAUACUUGACACCCUAGACCACGUUAUCGAAGACGCUGUUUAUCCCAGACCAUCCUCUACCACCCCGUCCAACGAUUUGUCUCAAGCACCCUUUAGCCCCUUUCUUUUUAGCACAGGUCCUGCGUCCGCUGCCAGUGACACAUCGUCGCGGCGCAAUUCCAUCUGCUGCCUCUCCGACGAUUUUGACAUGGCCAGUAUUCCGCCCAGCGUCCACCCUGACGAGAUCAACACCGAGCUCGAAAAUCACCAUCUCGAAUCUAGCAUGAUGGACAGCGGUAGUGAUCCCCAGCUCAUCAUGCCGAGCAUCAAGAUGCCCAGCCGGCGACCCUUUACCGACCAAGGAAAGAGCAUGGGCCGGCUCAAGGUCCUGAUUGCCGGCGACAGCGGCGUAGGCAAGACUUCGUUGAUCAAGGCUAUCGUUCAGUCUUGCGAACACAUUGUGCAUGUUGAUCCAAUCACUCCGUCACCCAUGUCACCCCAACCUAGCUUGAAGAACUCGGUGACCCUAAAAGGAAAACAGACUAAAGGCGGUUCAAGGUCAAGCAGUAGGCGACAAAGCUCGAAUGGCACAAGUCAAAUCACCGAAGUCUAUGCCAGCACAAAACCAUACCCUCAGUGGUGGUCCGAGAUCGAUGACCUGAAUGUGCUGAAACGAAGAAAGAGCAUGGAGGAUACCGUCUUGGAUCGUAAUAUUUGCUUUGUCGAUACUCCUGGCUAUGGGAGUGGAUCGUCUAGUAUGGAUACCAUCACGCCUGUGGUGCAGUAUAUCGAGUCCCAGAUGCAGCGUAUGAACGUUAACGCUCUCAAUGAUGGAGAUAUGUUGAACAUGCUGGGUGGAGAGGGUGGUGUCCAGAUUGAUGUUGUUUUCUACCUGGUUUCAAACAGACUUCGUCCUGUUGAUAUCGCCUACCUUAACCAUCUCAGCUCUCUCACGAACAUCAUCUUCCUCUUGUCUCAAGCCGACCUGAUGUCACCCGAGCAAAUAUCAGCCAGCAAGGAACAAAUCCAGGCUCAACUCCGAGAAGCAAACAUCCGCCCCUUUUCUUUCUCCAUCACGCCCUCAAGAACGGCAUCUUCAUCAACACUCUCUCCCUCGCCUCCCGAUCCAGCAGAACAGGGCGUAUAUGCCAUCUCCAGCGCCGCCGGCACCGACUAUGACAUGAUGGACGCAAGUCUUCUUAUGAGCACAGACUACGUCGAGCCUCUGGUACCAUCCGAACUUUCCCGGCUUGUCGAGCGCGUCUUCAGUCCCGACGGCGCCUCCUGGCUUCGCCACUCGGCAGCCCGUAAGUACGUCCAGUGGCGCAAGAAAUUAGUCUCUGAAAGAUCAGCUGUUCCAUCACCCACAUCGCCUAGCAGUGUCUUUUCGCUAUCUCCGUCAUCCCAUAACUCCCGCUCCGGCGGCGCCGCAUCCUCCUUCCUCAACAGAUACAACACCUCCGGUCCCAUCGGCGCCACCUCGUCGUAUGCUCUCGCCCGCAUAACGGACCACACCCAGCGCGAGGAGAGACUGGCCCAAGUAAGACUGGCCAACUGGGCCACCGAGCUGCAAAAGAGCCUGGCACAAGAGCGGGCACAAUACGAAGCUCUGGCGCGCAACGAACGGGCAGUCUGGUUGACCGAGAAAAUCGGCGAAUGCGUCAUUGACGGAACCCUGGUUCCUAUCCCUUCCACAAGCAGUAGGGACAGGAGCGGCUCGAGCAGGAGCCUCAGCACAAGAAGAAGAAGAGGGGAUACUCGACAGGGUACUACCGAUUGGCAGCAGCAGCAGCAGCAGGAAAUGGGACUUUUCGGAUUCGGUUUUCACAGUCACGGUCACGGUCAUGGUUACGGUCAUCGUCAGCACUACCAGCAACAAAGGUAUCAAAAGCAGAGGCAGAGGGAGACAGAUCCCCUGGGCCUGAUGGAGAUUGCGGAUGAAUUGAUGUAUAAAAGCCUCAUUGCGCUGGAGGUUUUGGGAAGCUUGGGGGUCCUGGGCGGACUGGCUAUUUGGGUUGGGAGGAAUAUGCAAUUGCAGCCGCUAGAGUGGUUUGUGGGAGAGUGGAAUCGGAUUUGGCGGUGAGUUACAUACAUACCUGAAAGACUCGGGGUGUAAAUUGGGAAUUGGGGAGAGGAAUACAUAUGAAGGAGAGGCGAUAAUGGAGGAUAGUGGAGGAUAUAUGAGUGGUGGUAUAUUUCCUUUCUGGCUGUUGGGUUUGGGAGUGCUUCUCGGGGAGUUGACACCUCCGUUUCAUCAAACACAAUGAUCUUGGGAAUACUCUUUUAAAAAAGCUUUGGUUUACACAUUAUGAGUUCUAAUACGUUAUGAGGAGGAUUUACGAGAGUAAAUUAGGAUGGAUAAAUCAUGUAUAUAACGGGCCCUUGGACGGUGGGUUGAUCUGGGAAUGAAUAUGUAUGUUCAGGUAUGGUGUCACUUACGGAUGGGCUCUGGGCAUGGUCAAGGGGCAUGUAAAACAUAGUCCGGCGGAGUUGAAAUCAUAUUUAUUCGAUUCAUACACA